AUGUUUUUAACAAGAAGUGAAUAUGACCGUGGUGUCAGUACUUUUUCUCCAGAAGGUAGAUUAUUCCAAGUCGAAUAUUCUCUAGAAGCCAUUAAACUAGGUUCUACAGCCAUUGGUAUCUCUACCAGUGAAGGUGUUGUGCUUGGUGUUGAAAAGAGAGCUACUUCUCGUCUUUUAGAAUCUGAUUCAAUCGAAAAAAUAGUUGAAAUUGAAAAACAUAUUGGUUGUGCCAUGAGUGGGUUAACUGCUGAUGCUCGUUCCAUGAUUGAACAUGCAAGAACAUCUGCUGUUACCCAUAAUUUAUACUACGAUGAAGACAUUAGUGUAGAAUCAUUGACUCAAUCUGUUUGUGAUUUAGCAUUAAGAUUUGGUGAAGGUGCAUCCGGUGAAGAAAGAUUGAUGUCCAGACCUUUUGGUGUCGCUUUGUUGAUUGCUGGCUAUGAUAAAGAUGACGGCUAUCAAUUAUUCCAUGCUGAACCUUCAGGAACUUUCUACAGAUACAACGCAAAGGCUAUUGGGUCAGGUUCCGAAGGUGCCCAAUCAGAAUUACAAAAUGAAUGGCAUUCUUCUUUGACUCUAAAAGAAGCAGAAUUAUUAGUAUUAAAGAUUUUAAAGCAAGUUAUGGAAGAAAAAUUAAAUGAAAACAAUGUCCAAUUAAGUUGUGUAACAAAGGAAGAAGGCUUUAAGAUAUAUUCAGAUGAGAAAUUGUCAGAAAUUAUCAAAGAAUUAAAAGAACAAGAAGCUGAAGAAAAUCCAGAAGAACAAGAACAAGACGUCGAAAUGUCUUAA